AUGCCCCUUCCCCCAAAGGACCAGGUGGCCGCAGAAGUAUGCGCUUUUAUAAAAGCCAAGGGCACGUUUGAUGAGAUUCGCCAGAAGGUCGUCGAGAAGAUCGAGAAACAGGGCGUAUUCGACGAUAUUCGGGAAAGAGCAAAAGCCGAGGCCGAGAAGUAUUUGGAGCACGUAUCUGACGACACGAAUAAAGAAGUGAUACGGAUGAGACUGCGGGAGUUGAUUAAAAACUACGACGACCAAUUACAACGGAUCGUCGACACGUUUAUGCGCGAGCCAUGGAUAGAGGCCGAGCUCGACAAGGAAGUACAACAAAAAGUGCGCUCAAUCUACGGGCUGACGAGCGAA